UUCCGUAUUCCUGCAUUCUAAUGGUAAGCAAGGAUAUAGCGCACGACUGGCAAAACUAGAUUUUUUAACCUUUGAGUGGGAGACCCAGGUAUAAAUGCUAAGUUCUGCGAGGAAGUGUGUUUUUCUGGUGUCUGGCCGCUUGGCAGAGACAUCGGGCAAGUGCAAUAUACAUUCAUACCCCUUAAAGUGCAGCCCCAAUUUCCACCAGGACAACAUGUCCUUCGUUCAGACCGCAGUGGGCUACAUGCCCUUGCUGUGGAGCGCGGUGCUUUUCUGCGCCACCGUGCCGGUUUUGGUGGCUCUGCGGCGUUGGUUCAGGGUAUUCCUGAUGGCUCAGCGCCUGCCGACCCCAAAGGCUCAUCCGAUUUUGGGACACGCUGCCGAUUUCGCUUCAAAAGAAAAAUUCUUCGACCGAGCUCUAAAAUGGUGCAAGGAUUUCCCGAUUUUCCACAAAACCCAAAUUCUCUUCCACCCUUUGAUUUUGGUCCACUCUCCUGAAGCAGUUCAGGCAAUUCUGAGCAGGAACAAGCAUGCCGAAAAAGGGUUCAUUUACAAAGGAUUGAAAGCUCUGCUCGGCGAAGGCCUGAUCACUAGCAAAGGAAGCCGGUGGCAUGCUCAUCGCAAGCUGAUCACUCCCACUUUCCAUUUCAAUAUACUGGAAAGCUUUCUGGACGUGUUCGUGAGAAGGAGUAAGGAGCUAAUGACCAGGUUGAAGGAAAAGGAAGGCACCGAAUGCUUCGACAUCAGCCCCUACACUCAACGUCUCACUCUUGAUUUCAUUUGCGAAACUGCCAUGGGAACUCCUAUUCAAGCCCAAAGCAACGAGAGACUGGAAAUUGUUUCCGCAAUUCACAAGUUGGAGGAGAUUGGAAUUUACCGUAUGAUUAGACCUUGGCUAUUGUCUGACUGGAUCUUCAUGUUCACCAAAAAGGGACGGGAGCAGAUCAAAUACAAAAAUAUUCUGCACAGUUUCACUGACAAAGUAAUCAAGGAAAGGAAACAUUUGAUCGAGCAGCAGAAAAAGGAAGAAGGAAAACUGGCAGUCGUGAAGGAGGGCGAAGAGUCCGAUUUUGGUCGUAAGAAGAGAGCAAUUUUCAUGGAUUUGCUAAUCGAGUCUUCUGACAACGGUAACCUUCUUACCGAUGAGGACAUUCGCGAGGAAGUAAACACCUUCAUGUUUGCUGGACAAAACACCACACAGCUGGCCAUCAACUACUGCCUUUUCCUGCUCGGAAAUAAUCUUGAAAUUCAGGAGGAAGUCUUCCAAGAAUUGGACUCAAUUUUCCAAGGAUCAGACCGCGACCCAACAAUGGAUGACUUGAGGGAAAUGCACCUUCUGGAAAGGUGCAUCAAGGAAGCCCUACGUCUUUUCCCCAGUGUCCCUGUGAUUGCGCGCACCCUAACUGAAGACCAGCCCAUGGGAAAGCAUAUUCUUCCCAAGGGCGCUGACGUCCUCAUCCUCCCCUACGUACUCCAUCGCAACCCUGAGCAAUUCCCCGACCCUGAGAAAUUCAACCCAGACAACUUUUUGCCCGAGAAUAUAAAGAACCGCCACGCUUUCAGUUACAUUCCCUUCAGUGCCGGCCCUAGGAACUGCAUUGGGCAAAAGUUUGCGAUGUUGGCGGAGAAAACUAUCCUGUCGACGAUCCUCCGUCGUUACAUCGUGAAAUCUGGAGACACCAGGGAAAGUCUGGUUGUCGUGCCUAACACCGUCCUCGUGCCCAAGCGCGGGAUCAAAAUUACGCUGAAUUCAAGAUGAAAGCAGUUUUUUUUCUGUACCAUUUUAGACUUCUCAUUAAUAUUUUCACUUCAUUAUUCAUUAUGCUUUUUAAUUAGGUGUGUACAUAUUUUGUGUGUUUAUAAAAUAACAAUGAAAAAUAAAACUGCGCUAUUAGCCUGUUGUUUUUUGCUUA